AUUGGAGUUUACUGGGAAAAUAAAAACCUACAUAACUUAAAUGUGAGUGAACCCCUAAAUGACCCUAUUCCAACCAAUCAAAAAGCAGAGCUUGAAGCUGCUAUCAAAACUUUAACUCUAGCAACAAAAAACAAGAUGAAAAAUUUGGAAAUAAUGUCGGACAGUACCUGUUAUUAAUGGAGCCUCCGAUUGGAUGUACAAAUGGGCUAGUAAGGGAUGGGUUGGAGUAAAGAAGGUGGAACGAUGGAAAUUACUAUUCAAGUCAAUCAGGGAAAACAAUAUCAACAUUAAAUGGACACAUGUAAGAGGUCACUCCGGGAUACAUGGAAAUGAACAAGCUGACCAGUUAGCAAAACGCGGGUUGGCAAAAAACACUAACACACAAUGUGAAAAUAAUGAGAAAAACAACUCAAUAACACCAAGUCCAAGUUGCCCAUAUUGUAAGGAGCUGGACAAUGAUUAUAUGAUCCAGUGCAACAAAUGUAUCAAAUGGAUACACUAUGUGUGCACCAAACUUCCGGCAUACGAGAUAGCCCAGUACAAAACCAAAGUUAGACGUCAAUAUGUAUGUGAAGCAUGUUGCGCUGAUAAUGACGAUAAUGAUGAAAUAAAACUGAUCUUAAAAAAUGCUGAAAAUACCAAGGCCAAUACAAAUGAAGUAAACAUGA